AUGAAACUUACCAACACUGCCAUCUAUGCCAUCACCGCCAUGGCCACUAUUGUGACAGCAGUCCCUAGCCUGGUUGUUGGGGGUGAGAAUUUCUUCCUCUUCAAUGGCGAGGAAUCUGUCAUGGUUGAAACAGACUCCUUCGCUGCAAAUACUACCAAUAUCCUGCAAGUUUUAGCAGAAGGUGACGUCGACUGCAAGGGCUCUGCCUUUUGUGAAAGACUUGGCUCUAGCUGUGAUGAUGCCUACCGCAAAGUUAUUCCCAGCAACACCUACACUACCAACUAUGAUGGAACCUGUGGUCUGUUUGUCAGCGGAUCACACUGUACUGUCAUAGGGCAGGAUCUGAUGGAUGCCUACAACGACAUUCGCAAUAGGGGCCAUUGCUCUCAUUGCGGGCGAAAGCAUAUUGCAGACGGCUGUAUGAUUAAGAUUGACCGGGUGACGGGUUGCUAA